AAAGUAUUCAAGUGCAGAGUUGACGGAAUAUUCAACAUUUCAACAUCACUCCAAACUCACCAACUUCCUGUUGAUUGCUGAAAGGAGGGUUUGUUGGCACAUCGAUCUGCGAGUCGAGUUGUAGCCCUUCAGGAACAAAGGGCGGCGAGCUUUUUUUCUGUGUGUACUCGAAGCGGCGGUGUGAGUAAAGAUGGCUAUGCGGGUUUGGGCUUCAAGGGCUGCUUCUUACCUUAGGAUCUCGGCCUUCCCCAGAGGCUUUGCUACUGUUGUCAAGGAUUUAAAGUAUGCAGACACCCAUGAAUGGGUUAAAGUUGAUGGUAGUUCUGCCACUGUUGGCAUCACCCAUCAUGCUCAGGAUCAUCUAGGCGAUGUUGUCUUUGUUGAGUUACCGGAAGUUGGGGUUGACGUGAAACAGGGCUGCAGUUUUGGUGCUGUUGAAAGUGUUAAGGCGACCAGUGAUGUCAAUUCUCCUGUUUCUGGCAAGGUGGUUGCAGUUAAUGAGAAACUCAACGACUCCCCUGGUCUGGUUAACGGGAGCCCGUAUGAAGAUGGGUGGAUCAUGAAGGUGGAGGUAAGCGAUGCAAAGGAACUGAGUUCCUUGAUGGAUGCCGACAAGUAUUUGAAGUUUUGUGAAGAAGAAGAUGCAAAGCAUUGAGGGGUUGCUUUGCUUCACAGUACAAAGCUGAUGACAAGAAAAAAGUUGUUAAAACUUUCCAAACUUAAGGUUCCUUCCAAUGGCUGCCACCAUAGGUGUUUUUAGGUUUAUUGGUUUUGGUUGCUGAGUUGUCAUUGGUAUGGUGUUGCACAACACAUUGCAAUCAAAUUGUGCACUACUUUGAUGGUUUGAUUUUUAAGUUGAUAAUAAUCUUUCUUUGAAGAGAAUAUUCAGAACAUUAUUUAUCUGUGUGUCAGCAAGUUUCAAAUCACAUAUGAUGUUACCCAGAAGAAAA